AUGAGUUCCAAAAUGAAGAAAAGAGGUCCGGAAGAAGAUAAGAAUAUAAAUUUGGAGAAAAGAAUGGAGCGAUUGGAGAAGAUGUUAUUAGAACGCUUGCCGGUACAAGAAGAAAAUGGCGGCCAUCGUGCAAAAAAGCGAAAAAGAGGCAAAUAUGAUUCUGAUGAAUCAUUAGAUUCAGCAGAUUCUUAUGGUACAGAUGUUGAGGAGGAGGAGGAGGACAUGUUAGUGGACUGUUUAGGGGAAAAACCUGAGAGUGCCAAAAAUAAGGGUCUAAAUAUACAUUCCCAAAUUCAAACUAGAUGGGAAUAUAUUCUUAAAAAGGGUCUGUCUAAGGAGCAAAAAACAGAAUUAAUAAAUAAAUACCCAACUCCAGAGAAUUGUAACUCUCUUGUAGCUCCCAAAAUUAAUCCCGAAAUUAGUAUUACUAUGAGGGAAGCCCUUAUGAAGACCGAUAACUAUUAUCUUAUCCCACCACAAAAUUAGCAU